AUGAAUGAAGAACUAUUGAUAUCACUAGUCCAAAAAUAUCCAGAAUCGUUUAAUCAUGAAGAUCCACAUUAUCACGAUGACCAGCGUCGGAUGAACAUAUGGGAAGAAAUUGGGAGAAUAAUGAAUGAAACUCCACUAGCGUGUAAGGAGAAGUGGAAAAAGAUUCGAGAAAACUACAGAAAGGCAAUAAAUCUAAGAAAAACUAAAAGUGGUCAAGGUGCGAAAAAUUUUAAGCUGGUUAGGAGGUUUUGGCUGUCACACUUGGAAAAAAAAUAUUCUCAUGACCGGCAAGAAGAGAAAGAUCCCACUGUAGAGUUUUUUACAAACAUGGGCCAAACUGUUAAGACCUUUCCACCACAUUUGCGAGUGCGUGUAAAGAGAGCAGUUUUUAAUAUUGUUAGUGAAGCCGAAGAAGAGAUGAUUCCCAGAGAUGCUUAA